AUGGCGUUAUAUUACAAUUUGGUUUUUGGGUUACUCGUGAUCGAGAUGACCUUCUUUGGCGUCUUGUCGUUGCCUUUCCCCAGAAAUAUUAGAAGAAAGGUUUUGCUCACAGCUUCUGCUCCAUUCCGCUCCGAACAAGUCCAAAUAGCAAUCAGAUGUAUAUUUGGCUUUGUACUUGUCUUGUUCAUUGAUUCAGUGAACAGAGUAUACUCUGUCUCUGCUGAAUUGCACGCUUCUGCUCCUCAAAAUGCUGUAGGAGCAGUUGUAAAUGACAGGUCAGAAAUUCAGUCUAGAAGGUUUUACGCGCAAAGAAACAUGUAUCUCUGCGGUUUCACAUUGUUUUUGACUCUUAUUUUGACAAGAACUUAUUCUUUGGUGACUGAGUUGGUUGACACAAAGGAUAAGUUGGAUGACUACAAGAAGAACUCCGAAUUAUCCGGUGAAUCUACAACCGACUCCGUUGAGGUUGCAAAGUUGAAGCAAGAAGUAGCAUUGAAAGAUAAGCAAUUAGAAUUGUUAAAAGAACAGGCGACUAACUUAUCGAAAGACUACGAUGCAGCAUCUACAACUGCUACUAAGAGAACAUGA